AUGCAGAGAGUCCAGAGGUGUGGAUACCCGGAGCCGGAGUUGCCCUACCGGGGCCGUCGGAUGGCAUACGUCCCAUGCGAAGAGAGCAACCCGAACGGCGAGCGCUGGCUGAAGUGCCUGCUGUGUAGUAAGUGGAUCAACGACGACGUCUCGCACUCUGGGACCGCCGAGGCAGCGUGCAUGCCCAGCGGUGUGCUGCCCAUGCCCAGCGAGGGCGACGUCACGUCAAUAUGUUUAGCAGAGGCCCUGCCACUUCCGUCCAUAAUUCCUUUCUCCCUGGCGCACGGGGCCCUCGGCAACUCUGUUGUCGCCGCGUCCAGCGAGAUCCUCGGGCCUGGCGGCGUCUGGAGGGUGCUCGCCUUCGUGCGCGGGGUCCUGCUUGUCCUGUCGACGCAGGCGUUGUGCGGCUCCUGCUACGUGACCUGCCGUGUGAUGUUGGCGGGCGCCGCGGCGCUACUGCAGCAGGUGCUGCAGGGUGAUCGGCUGGUGAGCUUGGAGCCCGGGGUCGUGGUGUUCGUCAACUACGGCGGGAAGGCAGAGCCCUGGCAUGAACGGCUGGUCCCAGAGGUGGUCGAGGACUGCGACUACAGUGUGAUGACUCCCGACGGUGACAUCUUCGCGGGGAACUCCGGUCGGGACUACCUCGACGAUGUCGUCCCUGGCGACCCACGCGGGGACCUUCCUGCGGGGCUGGGUGCUGCGCGUGGCCAGCUUCUGUACAAGUUCCGGCAGCGGCCGUUCGGGGCAGAGCUGAAGGGUCUCAUCGAGGAGAGGCGUGCGAGGGCCGCGGAUGUGAGGCGUUCCCUCGGGCUAAUCGUCGAGGAGCCGGAGCCCCUGCCGGUGCUGGGGAACGAUGCGGCCGUGGCCGCGGGACCCAAGGCGGGGGCUCUGGGCUCGGCAGCUGGCAGGGAGCUCUUCCGCUGGGGCUGCGUCGCGCGCUCGGCGGCGAUGGAGGUCUACUGCGUGUUCCGGCUCGUGGAGAGUCACAUGACGCCAUCGGGCAGGUUCUUGAGCUGCGGGCCCGUGGGCUGGUACGACGUCGACCAUGCAGGUGGCCUGGCGGUCUUGCGGCGAUUGGAGCAGGGCGACAAGAAGGAUGAUAUGGUCACAACGUUCACGCUGUGGGUCGGUGACGCCGCUGGGGCGAAGGGUACUUCGACGCCGCGAGGAGCUGGCGAGGAGGCGCGGACCCUGCCGAUCGUUCGAGACAAUCGGGGCAAGAGUGUCGGGGACCUGAAGAGUGUGGCGCCCACCACAGACCAGUCCAUCUUCGACGACUGGAUCGUGGAGGGCCCGGGGACUACGCGGCACGCGGUGAAGGAGAUCGCUAAGCAGGCGGGGGGCCCGGCGCAACGCCACCGGACAUGGAAGUACGAGAACAAGCUGCAGGAGGAUGCGCAUUCGGCGGUCGCGCACGACAUGCUAUCGGAGAUCCUUGAGUUGUCGACGAGCUUCGACCAGCUGGACGUGUCGAACCUGGCCCGCAUGGAGGGUCUGUGCAGGCAUGCCCAGUACAUCGAGCGGCGUGUCAAGAAGAAGCGCGAGGCGGGGAAGUACUUCGACUCGCAGGACUACUACUUGGGUCGCACGAGGCGCACGGGCGGCGGUAUCGUUCGCCCGGCGCUGCUGAAGUUGGCGGCGGAGAGUGCGGCCCGGGGCUCGGCCAUCGUGAAGGAGGAGAGGAAAGCUUUGCAGGGGCGUGCGCUUGCGCGCGCUCAAUGA